AUGUUUGGAGCACCAUAUUCGAUAUGGUUUAUCGUCGGGAUUGUGUCAAUCAUCAUUAUUUUGAUCGCCAUCGCUUUAUUCGUUUAUGCAAUCAAAUCGGAAAAUGCGAGAUGGAUGAUUCCACAUUUGAGCGCUCAGGUUAGAUUUUUUUGCAAAAAUUUCGGAUUUCCGUUUCAUAUUAGUAUCACAUCAAAGAUGAUGGGCUCAGCCAUUUUUCUCAUUUUUCUGAGCUUUCUUCUUGUGAAGACCACCUGCCUAUGUUCAUUAUAUUUAAAAGCUUUCGAACGGUAGUAAAACUUCUUAUAUUAAAAAAUCAACGGAAAAUUUCAGAUUUUCUUGGUUCUUUUCCUGUUCAUCGUCUCAUUCAUUGUGACAAUUCUAUUAUUAGUUGGAGCAUAUUCGGGAAUCCGAAACUUGAUUGGAAUUAGCAAGGAAUAUUAUAGUGAUGAUGCGAUGUUUUUGGUGGGAGUUUUGAUGUUGUUGAUUUAUACAUUGAUCGCAUUGUUGGAAUUAUUCUUCAUCUAUAUUGUUUAUCGAUUGUACAGGUGACUUUUUUUUCGAUUUUUCGAGAGAAAAUAUAUAAAUUUUUUUUUCUUUUUAGACAUAUGUGCCACUACGAAUCGAUUGCUAAUUUGGAACAUGAGAAUCGUGAAAAAUGGCAAGUUGUUGGCGAUUUUCCAAAAGACAACAAACAUGGCUCACCAACAAUGGGAGAUUUGUAUCCAUACAAUUCAAAUGAUGCAUCUUACAUUUAA